AUGAUAUCUACAACACAAAAUUUCGAAGAAUUUAUAGAAAUAUAUCCCAAUCUAUAUAGAGCCACAUUUAAUAUAAGAUUUGGACCUUUAAAUUGGCCAAUUUCUAUAUUUCUUAUUAAUAUAGAACCAUUUAAAAAUAUUUGGAUUUUAAUAGAUACAGCAGAUCAUGAUAAUAAAUCAAAAUUUUUUUUAGCUUUAUCAAAACAUUUUUUAAAAUUUCCAAAUUAUCAACUUAAAUAUAUUUUAUUAACUAAUAAUAAUUUUGAUCAUACUGGUUCAAUAUUAAAAUUAUUAAAUGAUUAUAAAGAUAUAAAAUUAGUUUUAGGUGAACCAGAAUAUUUUCUUUCAAAUUAUAAAAAUGGUAAUGAUAAUAAUCAUGUACAGUAUAUAGUAACUGUUGAAGGGAAAAUAGCUAUUGAUAAAGAUAGGAUCGUGAUGAUAAAACGAGGGAAUGAAGAAGAAUUCGAAUUUUUUAAUGUUUUAAGGCCUAUCUUUAUCGCUGAUCAUACUUUGGCAUUUGUUUCCAAUAACAUAGGAUCAAUAUCUUACCUUCAUAUUCCAACAAAUUGUAUAAUGGUUGGGGAUAGUUUGACGAAUCUUUCAACUUCUGAAUGUUCCGAUCCGGUGAUAUCUUUACCAAUUACUCCCGUCACUUCUCACUUAAAGAGCAUUAAAGAAUCAAUUAAAAACAUUGCAAGAUUGGAAGAUGUUAAAAUUGUAUUUCCAGCACAUGAUCAUAGUCAAAGUGGACUUAAUAUAAACGAA